AUGGCUCAUGACCGAUACGAGGCUAUAUGUAAUCCACUGCAUCAUAUGAGGAUUAUGAACAAAUAUGUCUGCAGUCAGCUAGUGAUUGGUGCAUGGAUUGUGGGGUUUAUAUAUGCAUUGAUAAACACUCUUCCUUUACUAAAUACACAUUUCUGUGGGCCCAACAAAAUCAACCAUUUCAGCUGUGAGCCUCCUCCAGUAUUAGACCUAUCCUGCACUGAUACCUUCACCAAUAAGCUGUUGCUUCAUAUCUCAGCAAUGUUGGUAGGACUCAUCACGUUCUCUUUUAACCUAGUCUCCUACAUUCACAUCAUCUCCACCAUCCUGAGGAUACACUCUGCGGAGGGCAGGCAUAAAGCCUUCUCCACCUGCAGCUCCCACCUGAUUGUCGUUGUUUUAUUCUACAGCACUGGGUUGUUCAGGUAUCUGAGACCUAACUCAGCAUCCUCGGAGGUUUUGGACAGACUGUUUUCCAUCCAGUACAGCAUCUUAACGCCCAUGUUAAACCCCAUCAUCUACAUUGAUUGUACUCAAGAUCUGAGCAAAACCGAGUCAAUGUCAAUAGUUUUACGAUUUCUGAAAACUGAUGAAAAUGCAGAAGUGAGAAUUUGUGAACAAUUUCUAGAAUGUAUACCAGUGAACGAAACUACUGGGAAAGCCCUCACAGAUGUAAUUCUACAGAGAUUGGAACACUGUGGAAUACCUUUAGUAAAUAUGCGUGGCCAUGGGUACGAGGAUGAUAUGCAGGUGUAUAUCAAAGAAUACUGUAUUUAA